UUUCAGAUCAACGGCAGUUCUCGGACGUGACUCGUGUUCUUGUGUUGCUCCAUAAUACGCCAAGAUGCCAAUUCGCUGGGGUAUUGUAACUGCGGCAAAGAUUUGCCAUGACUUCGUAAAUGCCUUCAAUUCGUAUCCUGGUGACAAGGGAGAUGCGGUUAUCGCGGCAGUGGCUGCUCGUGACAAGAGCAAGGCCACCGAAUUUGCUAAACUGCACAAUAUACCCAAAGUUUUUGGUUCCUACAAGGAAAUGGCUGAGAGCAAGGACAUUGAUGUUGCAUAUGUUGGGUCUUUAAUACCUUACCACUACGAACUCGCCAAGUUAUUCCUCGAAAAUGGCAAACACGUUCUCUGCGAAAAGCCCUUCUGCCUCAAUUCCAAGCAAGUUGUUAGUUUGGUCAACCUCGCUAGGAAGAAAAAUCUGUUUUUGAUGGAAGCAAUUUGGUCCCGCUUUGCUCCAUCAUAUAUUGCACUAGAAAAAGAAAUUCAAGCUGGAAAAUUGGGUGAACUGCAAUUCGUCGAAGUUAACUUCGGUGUUCCAGUCUCUGAAAUUGCCAGACUCAGCAAAAAGGAGCUGGGAGGCAGCGCAAUCCUUGACUUGGGUGUAUACGCGUUGCAAUUCGCUCAAUACAUCUUCAAAGACGAGCCCCUUAAAUGUACAGCCAUCGGCAAAUUGAACAGUGACGGUGUCGACGAAGUAGACAAUGUGAUUCUCGAAUAUUCUGGAGACAGAAGAGCAGUUCUUAACAUCCACGCUAAAGCUCAACUAUGGAACAAGGCUACUGUUUAUGGGACUGCUGGUCGCGCAACGGUAGAGGAUCCGUUCCACUUCCCCGAUACUUUGAUUCACGUUGACGGAAAGGUGGAAAAAUUCCCACUGCACACCUCAAACAUCCACUACAAUUUUGACAAUAGUGCUGGUCUGGUCUAUGAGGCUUUGGAAGUCGUGAGAUGUAUUAAACAAGGACUUAUUGAAUCGCCAAGAAUGCCACACAAGGACAGCAUCACCAUUGCGAAGCUAGAAGACUCAGUGAGACAACAAGUUGGAGUUGUAUACACUGUUGACAGCCAAGAAUUCCCUUAGCAUAUCAUAAACUGCCAAAUUAAUUAUGAAUGAGACAUUAAAAUACAAUGAUUUAUUAAAUCAAAUAUAAUAUGGU